ACAGGAGAAUUCAUCAUGAAAAAUGGGUAUAAUUCUGAUUGCUGGUGGCCGAGAGGACAGUCUAUUAGCCACUGGCUAUAUAAGAGACCCGCGUAUCCAACUGGAAAACGUCAUUCACGGUUAGACCGUUCUCCAAGCGAUACCUGUUCUCUUUCGACUGAACUGAUCAUGACAAUGAGGGUUCUCCUGGUGCUUCUCGCGACAGCGGUAGCAGCGGAUCCGUUUAAAACCAUCGCCUCCUGGAAAAAAGUAGACUACAAUUUUCCGAACGACUCGCUGCGACAAACUUACGCAGAAUCAGGGGAUUACGUGCAGGAAAAUGCUGUUCCCCUGGGGUUGAACGUAUGGGGUGACAAGCUCUUCAUUACCGUGCCCAGAUGGAAGAAGGGAGUCCCUGCCAAUUUGAAUUACAUCAGCCUGAAUGAAGCCGCGGCUGCCAGUAGUGCCGAGAAUUCAUCGCUGUUACUCAAUCCCUAUCCCGACUGGGAGUCCAAUGAUGUUCAUUCACCCGACGCUAUUGUUAACAUUCUGAGAGUGAGGAUUGACGCCUGCGACAGGAUGUGGGGCAUUGAUAGUGGGGUUGAUGAUAUGCUUGGGGAGUUCAUCCAGGUUCAGCCCAAGAAACUCAUCGCUAUUGAUCUCAAAACGAACAAGGUUAUCCUGCGAUACACCCUCAAAGAGAGCGACAUUAAGCCCAACACCUUCUUCGCGGACACCGCGAUCGAUGUUGACCCGAAAAAUUGUGACGAUGCUUACGUGUACAAUUCUGACCUUGGUGCUAAUGGGCUCGUCGUUUACAGUCUGGCCAAGAAUGACUCAUGGCGGAUCGAGCAUAAUUACUUCCACAUGGAUCCCCUCCACGGUGACUACAACGUAAGUGGAUUAACCUUCCAAUGGACAGACGGGAUGUUCGGAAUGGCCCUGAGUUCCCCGAGGGAGGACGGCUCCAAAACCCUGUACUUCCACCCGAUGUCCGGUAUUCAUGAGUUCUCGGUUUCCACUAGUCUAUUGAAGAACCAAACUGCCCUCGCUGAUUCUCAUUACUGGGAAGAGUUUCACGUGGAGGGAAAUAAAGGCCCGAAGACGCAGGGCACUUCUUCGGCUAUCGAUACGGAAACUGGAAUUAUUUAUUUUACCCAAGUCAAUAAAAAUUCAGUAGCCUGUUGGGAUACAAACGAGAAACUGAAUCCGGAGAAUUUCCGUAUCGUAGCGCAGGAUGAUAACGACCUGAUAUUCCCCAACGAUAUAAUUAUCGAGCCAAAGACAAGAAAAUUUUACUGCCUCUCCGACAAUUUGCCAGUUUUCAUCUACAGCAAUUAUAAUUUUGAGGAAACCAACUUCAACAUCCACAGUGCAUCCUUGGACGAUCUGACAGCAGCCUGUCGUGGAAAAACCGAUUCGAAAGAUGAGUAAUCAUUAUUCCGCAGGUAUUAUCACCAGCUUGAGAGGUCAGCCCCCUAAUGAGUGUUAGACGUAGUCAUCUACACGACUCGCAGGUUAAUUUAUCUGUUUCGCAUGUUUUUCUGUUUUUUUUUUUCAACGUAAAGAAUACACCCAACUGUUAAUCCUGGAAUAUUCUCUGGUGUACAUUUACGGUGGCUCGUUUCCCUGGUACCGUACCUGGAAAACGGCCCGAGUUCUAAUAAAAACUGAUGUCGAGAAGGGAAAACGGAUUCCGGGCGACGUUAUGUCACCUGGGGAGUAUCUGGGGCUGGAUUAAGAGCAUGAAUUUUUUAUGAUCGAGUUAAUGAUGCAAAUAUAACGGAGAUGAAUUUUUCAGUCUCAAUACCGGUGACUGAGAUACCCUGAGUGCACCCAAGAAAAAAAAAACUUAUUUCAAAAUUUCCAGUCUAUCCGGAAAGAAUUAUUAAAACUCGUCCUUGUCACGGCGCAUUUAAUUGUAAAAAAAUAUAAAAAAUUACGAGAGGUGGAAAACAUUAAUAUUAAUGAGAUUGAGUAAGGUAGGAGGUACUGAAGGGCGUUUAUCCUCUCCCCUAUCGAUUUAGCCGCUCCAGUGAGAAUAAAAAUGAAUAAAAUUGUUGCAAUGGAGAAGAUAA